GAUCGAAGCAGUUGAAGCAGCAGAGCAGCUAGGCUGAGCUAGAACCGAUCGAUCGAUCGACAUGGAGGCCAAGGCCGCCGCCGUCUCCCUCUCGGCGCCGCUGCCACGCUGCCGCAUCAGCAACAUGCUCGCGUGCUCCGCGCGGAGGUCGUCGCGCAGGUGCAGGUACCAUCACGGCGCUCCUCUUAGACCACUCGCUGCCUCCUCCUCUGCUCGCUCCUUCCCCGCCGCUCGCGUCUACGCGUCAGCGGCAGCGACUACGCCGGCGAAAGAGCAGGACCUCGUCUUCGUCGCCGGCGCCACCGGGAAGGUCGGCUCCCGGACCGUAAGGGAGCUCAUCAAGCUCGGCUUCCGCGUCCGGGCCGCCGUCCGGAGCAAGCAGAGGGCGUCGCCCCUCGUGCAGAGCGUGGAGCGGCUGGAGCUCGGCGAAGGGACCGCGAGCUCGAGGCUGGAGCUGGUGGAGUGCGACCUGGAGAAGCAGGGCGACUCGGCCAUCACGGCGGCCAUGGGUGGCGCGUCGCUCGUGGUGUGCUCCAUCGGCGCCAGCGAGAAGGAGAUCCUCGACGUCACGGGGCCCUACCGCAUCGACUACUUGGCCACCGCCAACCUCGUGCGCGCCGCGGCCGCGGCGGGCGUCGAGCACUUCGUCCUCGUCACCUCCCUCGGCACCACCAGGGUUGGCUUCCCCGCCGCCCUCCUCAACUUGUUCUGGGGCGUGCUGUACUGGAAGAAGCUCGCGGAGGAGGCGCUGGUGGCGAGCGGCGUGCCGUACACGAUCGUGCGGCCGGGAGGGAUGGAGAGGCCGACGGACGCGUACAAGGAGACGCAUAACCUGGUUGUGGCGCCGCGGGACGCCUACGUCGGCGGCCUGGUGUCCAACCUGCAGAUCGCGGAGCUGAUCGCGUGCGUGGCCAAGAACCGGAGCGCGGCGUACUGCAAGGUGGUUGAGGUGGUGGCCGAGACCACCGCGCCGCUUCUGCCCACGGAGGAACUCCUCGCCAAGGUGCCCUCCGACCCCGGCAGGUCUCCGCCUCCCCCUCCUCCACCCCCAGCUCCGGCGGCUCCGGUCACCGUUACCGAGGCCGUGAAGGAGUCGUCUCCUGCACCUCCAGCAGCAGAGGCACCAGCGCCACCAGCUGCAUCCCCAGCACCACCACCAGCUGCAGCGCCGAAAGCAGCAGAGCGGCCACUCUCGCCCUACACGGCGUACGCGGGGUUGAAGCCACCGUCGUCCCCAACACCCAGCUUCAGCAGCGGCGCCACCAGUCAGGCCAAGGAGACACCUCCUGUCGCUGCAGCACAAGCUGCUCCUGCUCCUGCUCCGGCAGCACCAGCACCAGCUGCCCCUGUUCCUGCUGCUCCGGCAACAGCAAAGCAACGGCCGCUCUCUCCCUACACGGCUUACGAGGGCAUGAAGCCGCCGUCUUCCCCGACGCCCAGCUUUAGCAGCGGCAAGGCGAAGGAUGACGCUCCUCCUUCUCCACCACUCUCUGCCGCCUCUCCGGAUGCAGCAACUAGCACCGCCGCCGAGGCUGCAGCUACGCCGCCAACGUCGUUGGGCUCCAGCGACAACGGAGCUCCAACGACUGCUGCUCCAGCGCGCCCACUUUCACCAUACGCCAGGUACGAAGACCUCAAACCUCCAUCCACGCCGACUCCAUCCGCUCCCCAAGGAUAGGCCGACCGGCGGCUACUUAGAUUUUUCCUUUCUUUUCCUGCCCGACGCGUGGCCUGAUCUGUCCGUACGCGAGCUCACGGCACCAUGUAUAUGCUGAUUGUUUUAUUCGAUCAAAAUAUACAAAGUACACGUCGACAAGAUGCAUUAUAUAUUUUUCCGUACAUAUGGUUGGUCUAAA